AUGUACCGACCGGCAAGAAGGAUUGCAAAUCGCCGUCGUCGUGUGCCUCGUCGUGCUUGUCGUCCACGCGGCAACUUCCUUAACAAACGUUUAUUUAACAUCCGCAAUUCGGCAGUUUUCCGUCCGAGGAGAGCAGGAUAUAACAACCUUGCCCUUAAUUUCGCAAGAAGAUUCUUAGCAUAUCCGUCAAGUGGUGUGAAGACUUCCCCCGACAAGCCAGCCCCACAGAGUUCUUGGUGGCUAGAUGCGCUACAGUGGACAGGAAGCUUAGCAUUACAGCUAAUUGGGAUUUUCCUAGCUGGAGUAGAGGGAGAAACUGCAGCCCAUUUUGCUAUAACUGGAGCUGGGACUGCAAUUCCUAUUUCGCCUAGAGAUCUUUUAGUAACUACAGCCAUUGCAAGUCGAGCUGAUAAUGAAAGCGAAAUUCGAGUUCCUUUUGAACAAGCAAAGAUUAUGUGGCUUAAGGCCACUGUCACUCCGGUCGUUGACGCUUCUGUUGUUGGUGGGUCGUAUGCGUGUGCUCUUAUUCCUAUGGAUAGUCAUCAGUCUAAAGCUGAUCUACCUACAGAUUUUGAUAGCAUCAUGAGACAGCCCGGUUCUGUAAUUAGACCUAUGCACAAACCGGUUUCCGUGUCUUGGAGUCCAACUAUUCAGGAACAUUCGUUAAAGUGGCAUGUGAUUGGUGAUACUGAUGAGGAUGCUAUGCAUUGCGUAGCUUUCGUCAUCGCUUUCUCUGAUAUGGCCCUAGCAAAAGCUGGUGCUGGAGGAACGUCCUCAAAGGAAUAUUACCCAGGA